UUCCAAUCCCCCACAAAGUUGGAGGCUGGAACCCUAAACCAAAUCUUCGUACUUACGAAGAAACCUUCCAAAUGUGAUUGAUCAUAAUCACUCUCUCUUCCCCCAAAUCGCUCGCAUUCACUCAAUCCCAGCAUCUCCUGAAUCCUAAACCAGCGUGGACAUCUAUCAGUUUCACCUCAGCCGUUCAAGGUUAUCUCUAUUACCAUAAUCCGUCCGCUGACUUCCUAUCAGGACCCGGCUCCGUAUCGUAAUUUUCCCUAUGGCCACCGCCACCGAUGCAACUGCCAAAUUUCAGCAGCCGGACCUCAUACCGAUCCCGCAACCGCCGGAUUAUCACCCGGAGAUCCUCGUUUUGCCUGCUCACGACGGCCUCCACUCCUGGCAGUUCAUGGUCGCGGGGUCAGUAGCCGGCAUGGUGGAGCAUAUGGCCAUGUUCCCAAUCGAUACGGUCAAGACCCGUAUGCAAGCCUUAGUGUGUUGCCCAAUCAAAUCCGUCGGCGUCCGCCAGGCCCUUCAGUCCAUCCUGAAAUCCGACGGCGUUCGUGGGCUUUACCGCGGAAUAGGAGCUAUGGGUCUGGGUGCCGGGCCAGCACACGCGGUCUACUUCUCCGUCUAUGAGUUAUGUAAAGAGUCAUUUUCCCGUGGAAAUCCAAAUAACCCCGCCGCCCAUGCCGCAUCCGGCGUGUGCGCUACGGUUGCCAGCGACGCAGUCUUCACGCCGAUGGAUAUGGUGAAACAGAGGCUCCAACUGAGCAGCAGCCAGUACAAGGGGGUGAUGGAUUGCGUGAGGGUGGUUUUGAGAGAGGAAGGGGUUCGUGCUUUUUAUGCUUCCUACAAGACAACUGUGUUGAUGAAUGCCCCAUUCACAGCAGUGCAUUUUGCUACUUAUGAGGCGGCAAAGAGAGGUUUGUUAGAAGUUUCGCCUGAGAUUGCAAGUGAUGAACGGUUAGUAGCACACGCUACUGCAGGGGCGGCUGCUGGGGUUUCAGCUGCCUUGUUUACAACGCCACUUGAUGUGGUUAAAACUCAGCUGCAGUGUCAGGGCGUAUGUGGAUGUGACAGAUUUAAAAAUAGUUCAAUUAGUGAUGUGCUCAAAACCAUCGUAAAGAAAGAUGGGUAUAGUGGACUGAUGAGGGGUUGGAUGCCAAGGAUGCUCUUCCAUGCUCCAGCAGCUGCAAUAUGUUGGUCCACAUAUGAAGCUUCUAAAUCAUUCUUUCAAGAUUUGAACACUACCACUAACCGCAGAAAUGCUACCUGAGAACCCCCCCGAAGAGCAGUCAUUGGCUGUUUGUGUCAUUUGCACCUCGGGUGUUUGUCCCAGCCAUUGUGGGGCCACUAGGAUGACGGGAGAUGAGAUUAGGGUAUCCAACCUGUGGCAAAUGUCAUGUAGUGAUGUAGAGGAAGUGUAUUUGUAAGAGUUACAAUAAGUUUAUCUCAAAAGUCAGUAAUAGAUGAAAUUUUGUGGAGCUAGAUGUGAAUCUGCCCCCGACUCCCAGGAGUAUGUUACACGGCAACAGACCAUCUGGGCCUUUUUCUUUUGGCAUUUGUAAUUUGUAAACGCACACCCGGAUAGAGUAGGUGGGAGUCUGGCUGUCUUGGGCUUUUCAUUGGCUACCAGUUCUGUUUAUUUACGAGAGAAAUAUUAUAUUUUAUUUAUCCCUUACAAUAACAAUACUCUUAUUUCAUCAUCACCUCAUUUAGAAGCUGC